ACGUAGGCGAAGGUUUAUUUUAUUUUCAUGUUGGCACGGGCCUGACCUCAACCUGAAGAUCUACUCUGGUUUAGAAAACCAGAACAAGCACAUGAAGCUGAAGUCUGAAAAUGGAUCCGCUAAAGUCUUCUUCAACAACAUUCUCACUUCUCAGCAGUCCAUCAAGCCUUUCAACCUCGCAACUCAGGAGAAGAAGCUUCAAAUCAUGAGUUUCGUCAUGAUCCUUCGUGGAGACAAUGUCUUGCUCCAGCAACAGAUUCAGAACAACAAGAUUGAUCUGCAGAUCGUAGCCACCUUCAAACUCAAGGCUAAUUGGGCUUCACUGCAUUACACGUUCAGUUUACUUGGGAGAUACCAUCUUCAGACAAAAGGCAAGUCCUAACAAUCCAUUUAUAUGUACGUCAAACUAAACAUGUAAACAAUCAUCUUCAUCGUGGUUGCAUAAUGUUUUAUGGUACUCUAAAAUGAUUUAUAGUGUUGGAUGAAAAUAAAUUUACUUCUUUUUG